CUAAGUUUUCACCGUUUGAGAUUGUGUAUGGGUUUAAUCCUUUAACCCCAUUGGAUUUGUCUCCUUUACCUGUCAAUGAGCGUGUGAAUUUAGAUGGUGCAAAGAAAGCAGAGUUUAUUCGAGGUUUGCACGAGAAGGCGCAUAUGAACAUAGAUACGGAUGGGCAAGGUCUGAAGAACGUGAGCAAGCAUCAACGUCCUCAAUGAUUCGAUCCAGGAGAUUGGGUCUGGGUACACAUGAGAAAGGAACGUUUUCCCCAACAACGACGUUCUAAGUUGCUGCCUCGUGGAGAUGGUCCCUUUCAAGUCCUCGCCCGUAUCAAUGAAAACUCCUACAAGAUUGAUCUUCCAGGCGAGUGUGGUGUGAGUGCUACAUUCAAUGUUGCUGACUUAGCUCCUUUCCUAGAAGACGACUCAGAUUUGAGGGAAAAUCCUUUUCAAGUGGAGGGUGAUGAUGAGGGCAUCAACACCAAGGCAAUCACAAGUCUAACUUUGGCGCGAGAGGAGCGUGGUCCAGUCACUAGAAGUCAAGCCAAAGCAUUCAAGGGUCCACUUCAAGCUUAUUUGGCUAAGAACUUCACCAAUAUGGAGGUCGAGGUGUUCGUCGGAUGAGAAGUGAUGACGAUUCAAGUUGAGGCUGUCUCAGGCCAAAUCAACGGUUUGGAGGUUGAAAUCAACGACCCUGGAAAUGGACUUGCGACCGUGGAUUCUUUGCAAGGUAUUUCCACUGCUUGAAGACACAAAUCCAUGAUCGUGGAUUUUGAGGGGCCAGGCCGUGGAUUUUGACCUGCUGCUGCAGGUUGUUUUCGUUUGAUUUGCGGAUUAAAAGACUUAUGGACCAAGACUCGGGUUUCUUUGUUAUUUUUGGCCCAAAACUUAUGUAGUCUAUAUACGAGCGGAACUAAGGGGUCGUUUGCUUGUUGGAUUUGAAAAAUGAGGUUUUGGCCAAUAAAAACCUUGGGAUUUA